UGGCAAGUGGGCAGCCUUUGACAGUGUUGCUAAGCAGGCAUUAUUAUCGAUAAGUGUGCUCUGUAAUUUGUUUACGCGUGUUUUCUUAAAGCAAUUUAAUAAUAAUAUUUUAUGAACAAAGUCAUGGGUUCUGUACAUUGCCAGCUAUGGAUGGGGAGUUUGGAAUCAUAUAUGACGGAGAAUUUUAUAAUUGCCGCAUUUCGCAAGAUGGGUGAAGAUCCCACUACGGUGCGUCUGAUGCGGAACAAGUAUACUGGCGAGCCUGCUGGCUAUUGCUUUGUGAAUUUCAUAUCAGAUGAUCAUGCGCUCGAUGCCAUGCAUAAGCUAAAUGGUAAACCCAUACCCGGCACUAACCCAAUCGUGCGUUUUCGCUUGAACUCUGCCAGCAAUUCGUAUAAGCUACCUGGUAAUGAACGCGAGUUUAGUGUUUGGGUGGGCGAUCUUAGCUCGGAUGUGGAUGACUAUUCAUUAUACAAGGUGUUCUCCAGCAAGUAUACAUCUAUAAAAACGGCCAAGGUAAUCUUGGACAGUCUGGGUUUCUCCAAGGGCUAUGGCUUUGUGCGCUUUGGCAUUGAGGAUGAACAAAAGUCGGCGCUGUAUGAUAUGAACGGUUAUAUAGGCCUGGGAACUAAGCCUAUUAAGAUCUGUAAUGCAGUGCCCAAACCGAAGGCAGAGCUUACUGCUGCUUUGGGCAAUGCCAGCACUGGCUAUGGUUACGGCGGAUCCAGCACCACAACCUCAUCCACCAGCGCUGGGGCUGACUACUCGCAGUACUAUGAUCCCACCAGUACCUACUGGCAAGGCUACAAUGCCUGGCAGGGCUACUACGAGCAGAGCGGUGUUCCUUCCAUUACGGAUGCUGCCGCCUAUUAUCAGCAGGCCUUAUCGCAGUCGCAUUCAAAUCCACAGACGUUAGCGCAGCAUGCCGAAGCUUGGAGCGCACAGCGCAGCGCUCAAUAUGAACAACAGCAACAGACAGUACCACCUAAUGGGUCAGAGGAUGAUUAUGGUCUGGAGGAACACAAGUUUGUGCUAGAUGUGGAUAAACUAAAUCGGGAGACUAUUGAUUCCGAUCAUCAUCUGUAUGAUGCUUUAGAGAGCUCUAAGUGGCUGCCCAUUGAGCAGCUGGAAGUGUUUUAGAUGUAGUUAUGAAUUAAUUGUAUUACUAAUAAA